AUUUAGUUGGAGUUCCUAAGCUAUAGUGAUGUAGUUAUGUUUCAGUAUGUCCUCCGAUGAUUGGCAAAGAAAGAGCCGAGAAAUGAUUGGUGGAUGCUGUGUCUGUCUCGAUGAGACGGGUUGGCCUGACAACAAACUAGUGUACUGUGACGGAGGUGGCUGCAAUGUGGCUGUUCACCAGGCGUGCUAUGGUAUUAUCAGUGUUCCAGAAGGUUCGUGGUUCUGCAAGAGAUGUGAGUCGCAGGAGAGACAGGUUCGUCUGAAAUGUGAGUUGUGUCCAAGUAAAGACGGUGCACUAAAAAGGACUGACAAUGGAGGCUGGGCGCACAUUGUGUGCGCACUUUACAUUCCAGAGGUGAAGUUUGGUGAUAACACUACAAUGGAACAGAUUAAAAUAACUGAAGUUCCAUACGAGAGGUUUCAGAAGUCUUGCUAUAUUUGUGAGGACAAGGGGGAUUCUAUGAAUGCAAAAGGAAAGGGAGCCUGCAUUAGUUGCCAUUAUCCCUCAUGCCGACGAAGUUUCCACGUCACAUGUGCUCAGAGCUCUAGACUUCUUUGUGAGCAAGAAACCGGCAGUGAAAGGUUGGAUUAUUUUGGUUACUGUGAGCACCACAUAAGUCAGCAACAUAACCGUAACUACGCUCUAGAACUUCCUGCUGACAUGAACGACAGAAGUAGUGCCACAAGUUCCAACUCAACAGCUAGUGCUCACUCUGAAUCAAAGCUAGAGAGCAGGCCUCCAGGUGAUGUCACUAACGUGCCCAGCGUGCCUAACACCAUGAAUAAGAUAUCGAAAAAAGAGAAGCUGAGAGAUAAUCCUAAAGGGAGAGCUAGGUCAGUCGCUCAUCGAAAUCGUGGUCAACAUCAUCGCAGUAAGUCCAUGACCAAGCCGUAUUACCAGGAGAACUCUGCUGAGAUGCCUGCACCAGCAACUGAUGCAUCAGGAACACCCCACAAGAAGAGAAUGACCAUGUCUGCCAUUAUUGCUGGUGAAGAGUGUCUCCCCAGCUUUUCAGAGCAACUAGGAAAAAGUAAUAAAACCAAACCUAAUUCCAAGAAACGCCAUCUCCCCCAGAAACAUGGCUCUUCCUCCAAGAAGAUGGGAAAGUUUCCUCCUGAUGGGAUGACUGAUGACAACGACAACGGUUCCCCCAGUAUCAGUCCUUCUUCUCCUCACUCAUACAUGAACGAAGAUUCACAAAUAUCUGAAUUGAUGUACAAAUCACCCAGUGCAAGUUGCAGCCCUCAUCGCUCUGAAGCUGAUGUUAAGAACGAAUCGGAGGAUUCUGAUGUUAACGUCUAUAAAACGCCUAAUUCUGAAACAUUGAAAACUCUGAUCAGUCAAAGUUGGGAAGGUGAUGCUAGUACAAUACUUGAAAAUGUUUCUUCGUAUGGUGACAUAGCUUCAUUGCUCAGCCUGGUAUAUGUUAUCAAAAGUGACAAUGAUAUCAUGAAAAACAAAAUUGAUGAACUAUCAAAAAAGAGGGACUAUUUGCGUGCCGUUAAUGAUGGUUUAAAAAUGGCUUUGUCAGCAAAAGACUCCGCAGACAUACCAUCCAAUGAUAAAUUGAAAUUAAUAUCUCAACCUGAAGUUUCCUUAGACCCAAUCAAACUCAGAUUAACUCUUGAUGACGUUAUGAAAGUAGAGAAAGUAGUGAACAAAAUCAUCUUGUCUUCGGAGCAAUCGUGAAUUUUUCUGUUGUUGUUAUUUAAUCUCCACCUGUGCUGUGAUGCAAAAUGUUUUUACUGUUUCAAGACUUAGCCAGAGCCUGUUUGAUACACGGUCAUGCUUUUAAGUUUUAAAGAAGUAUUUACACGACAUCCGAAAACUUUGUCAUGAGAUGUGGAUUUAGCGACGUUAUGUCUAAUUGUAAUGCAUGACAGGACCAAAGCUGGCAAACCGUUUUGGAUGUUUAGAUCGUUUAUGGUUUAUAGUUGAAAUGUUGCUGGAAUAUACAUAUAUAUCUGUAAAUAAUUGCUAAUAUUACGUGAUUGCGAAUUAUUCAAUGCUUUUGAACUCAA